UAAAAAUAAAUACUAGAGGCAGUAGUCGACUUAGCCUAUCUAUCUUGCUUAAGUUUACAUCCUGAAGCUAUUUUAUUAAUAACAUACUAACUUAUUUAAUUAUACGGGUUGCGGUUUGCAUCCCGUCAAAUAACUGAAAACUUCCAAAUAAUUAUAUAGCAAUGACUUCGAACAUAAAGCAAUACAUAUCGUGUCGGCCAACUUUUCCUUGUGUAACACUCUUUCUUUGCGUAGCGAUUCUAAGCUUUAACUGCUGGGUUAUGUCAGAAAAUUACAAUGAAGUUUUAAAGGAAUUACAAGAGGCCAAAGAACAAGAACAAGUGGCACAUCAAAAACGAGCUAGUUCUGAAAAAAUUACUAAGUUUAUGGAGAAUGAUUUAUUUCAGCUUCGAAAGGAUUGUGAUAAAAUGAGAAAAACACUUGAUGAAAACAAUAAGGAACUUGCAAAGCUGAAAAAAGAAGCUGAAGACCUGAACAACAAAGUAAUGGAAAAAGAAAGUGAAGUCAACAAGAUAUCAACUGACAAGCAGGCACGUGAAGCAGAUUUGGAAAAGUGUCAUAAUAAUACCAAGGAUAAAGACGAAAGAAGUAACGAGCUUGAAGCUGAAAUAUCCAGUCUCAAGAAAAAUAAUUUUCAACUACAGAAGGAGUUCGAGCUCUUAAAAAAUAAAGUUCCAGGGAACGCUGUAUUAGAAACCAAGAUAUUUGAGGAGGUCCAACAGAAAGAGACAGACCAAGCGAAAGAAAAUACACAGUUACAAUCUGAAAAAGUAAAAACCAAGACGAAGAAAGGCCUUGCUUCAGUGAAGAAAAAUAAACUUCCUUCAAAAAGGAAGCUGUUGUCAUUUGGCUCCAGUAAACUCCUCGAAAACCAUGAUGACCAAUACCAGGAUUUUUUGAAACAAGACUCCUCUAAUGAAGAACAGAGAAUUUACAAACAGAUCAAGAAAAAACCCAGUUCAUCCUUCUACAAAUAUAAAUGGCCUUUACAAAUGACAGCUUCAAACGAUCCUCGUAAUGAGAAUAUGGAAAAUAUCCAGCGAAUUGAAUUUUGGAAAAAUCGUAAUGUAUCGCCCUACAAAACUAAAGUUCAAGUACCUCUAUCUUCAAAAGAAUUUUCUGGAAAUAGAUUAGACUCACGAAAAUUUCCACAAUCUGAAACUGUUAAUUCAUUAACUCAACAAGGCUUAAUACCCCAAACACAAGGAUUUAAGGAAGAUUCCCAACAAACGCCUAACAACUUUUUCAACUCUGACAGUUAUCGUUUCACUGAACAAAAAUCUGAUGAUCCGAUAUAUUGGCAAUUCAGUAAACCUAAGUUUGCUGAAUCAUACAAUUGGUUUCAAGAAAGAAAUAAUAACAUUGAAUCACGUAGAAACAGUGAAACAAGACCGAUUUCUAACACUUAUAACAGAAUCAUACCUAGUGAAAAGAAUAAAGCUUUGGACACAUCUUACGGACCACUUGUUGGGAAUGAAAAUGCUCAGCAUCCAAAUGACAACGCCGAUUACGGACAAGACAACGGUGAAAGGUAUAUUUGGCACAAACCCGUCUACUUUGAAACAAAAGAUUCAUCAAAAACAGAUUUCAAGUGGAAUCAAGCCGAUAGCCUUCAGGAUGCUAAAUUACCGUUUCAACCGCGAUCUAAAAGCUCGCUACCAGACGACGCAAUAAAUUAUCAAUCAAACUCUGACGUAUACAAGGAAACAGAUCAGAAGUCAUCAUUACAAUAUGGCGAAGAUAGAGAAAAUGAAUACAAUAAACAAAUUCAAGCGAAUAGGGAGUGGGAAUUAGCUCUUCUGAAGAGAAUAUCAAAUUUAUUGGAAAAAGUCAGAAACAAUUUAGAUAAUAUUAAUAGUUACAAUAAUGAGUCCCCAAUGGAAUCAUUGGCACAACGUGAUAAAGUACAAGACGAAGUUCCUCUUUAUAAUAUUAAUAGUUACAAUAAUGAGUCCCCAAUGGAAUCAUUGGCACAACGUGAUAAAGUACAAGACGAAGUUCCUCUUUAUAAUAUUAAUAGUUACAAUAAUGAGUCCCCAAUGGAAUCAUUGGCACAACGUGAUAAAGUACAAGACGAAGUUCCUCUUUAUAAUAUUAAUAGUUACAAUAAUGAGUCCCCAAUGGAAUCAUUGGCACAACGUGAUAAAGUACAAUACCAAGUUCCUCUUUAUGGAAAUGAAGACGGUGUGAAAAAUAUAUGGGAAGCUUCCUCUGACAACGACCAAAGUAAAAGUCUCGAACAAAUGCAAAAUUCCUCUCUAGAGAAGAAGAUUGAUAUAAAACCUAAAACGCCAUCGUGGUUAGACUUUUUACAGAAAUCCUUACUGUCUGAAGAAGAAAAGAACAGAAAUUCUAAGAAAACUUCCAGUAAUGAGGUCUUUCAAGACACUCUAAUUUCUUCGAGCAAUACUGACCUUAGACCGACAUUUGAGUUACAAAAUGGUGAAAGUAGGGAAGCAAGUGAAACAUCAGACAACUUGGGCACAGAAGGACAAUACUGGCGAUUACAUAAUAUUUUUGAAAUAUUCAAAAAUUCGGAUGAGAAUGGAUCCGAAAAUGGUCAAUUAAAAGAUUCUCAAGACUUUGGUAGUUUCUGGAAUUCCUCUGAAACUCGAAAGGUUGGAUUAGACGAGUCUGUAGACAACAGAGAAAAUGAGGAAGGUAAUCAACGUUCCAGUAUUUAUCUGUGGGAAUCGCCUAUUGAAACAUAUCGUAACAAUGAGCAGAAAGUGGAUGACCAAAGCAAGCUACACGAAGAAACUAAUUACGAACAGAACUUAGUUGGACAACAGACGAGCAAUCAAGAUGUUAAUUACGUUCCCAACUGGCAAGUACAAUGGAAGAUCAAAGAUGAAAAUGCCGAUGACGAAAAUGAGCGAAAUCUGUCAAACGGAAUUAUCUCUACUAUGGACAAACAAUGGCAUGAAGAAAGGACUAAUAAUGAUUCCGAUCAAAACGCUACUGUAACUGUUUCGUCUUAUGCUGUUAACGAAAAUAUUCAAGAGAAUAAAACCUUUGAUAAUAAUUUUAACACAAUACUGACAGAUAAAGCUAACGAAUACAAUAAUGAACGUGAUUUUCAAAAUAAUGUACAGGUUGAAGACCUGAUGGAGAAAUUUAAUCUUCCUAGUGAAGAAGAGACGAGGAAAGAAUCCCAGGAUGAGAAUAAUAUGAUUAUUUGAAAUUGAUAAACGGGAGAUGUUUUGCCUUCAUGUAAGGUUUAAAAAGUUUGUCACGGAUAUUUUGGGAUAUUUUAAGUGUGAGAGGAAUGCUUUAUUUACGCACUUGUUUAAAAUCUUAUAUAUUACAAAGGUAUUUGUAAAUUUAUCAAGGCACAGCUGGAUCUUACUGUCCCUGGACCAAUCAAGUCAAUUAGAGUUAACUUCUUUAGCCUUUCUCCUUUAUUUAUAACCAAUAUUAUUCUCUUUGUAAUCUAAUGAAGUUAGAUUGUUUUCAGUAAAAAUAAAAAAUAAAGUGAUAUUUUCUAAAUAAAUACUUUUUAAAGUGUG